AUGGAAGAUACUAAGGUCAAACUAAUCACAGAGGAUAUAUUAAGCAGGUCCUCUGCACAACCGAUUUAUUUGACUUCCAUCGAAAUCAAUGGAGGUGAACUCUUCUCAAACAAUUUUUUCAAGAAGUCAAUAUCACCACUUAUCGAAUCAAGAGAUUUGACAUUCAAAAGAUUGAUUGAGAAUAUCGAUUCCAGUUAUGAAAACUUAAGCAGCAUUGGUAUUUUCAAAGAUAUAAAAUUUCUGUUGGUGGAAGACUAUUCGAAUGUAUUACCAGAGAUCAAAAACUACAAUUUCAAGAAUGAUAAUGUCAUCAAAACUAAAGUCAAGAUUGAUUUAUUAUUGAAGCGAUUGAAUGUUGGAGAGUUAAUGAUCGAUUUGAGCAAUGACAUUCCUUUGAAUGUCAAACUCAAUUACUUGAACUAUAACUUCAAUGCUAACAAUGAGAUAUUGAAUAUAUUGGUCAAUUACAACCCCUAUAAACCUCAAUACUUGUUCACAAAAUUCGAGUUGAUGAAACACCUAAGUUCACGUUGGAGCUUCGAUAUGAACUUUCAGAAUAACAAAGAGAGUUUGAGCUAUUUGAAUAAUAAAGAGAACAUUAUGGGUGGAUCUUUCGGCUUGAACUAUACCUUAUCCAGCACUAAGAUGUUGAUCGGAUUAUCCAUGUUCAAGAAAAAAAUUGAAUCAGUUGCUGCCUCAGACGUUUAUUUCAAAAACUCAUUAUUUUUUAACUUAGACUACAAUCAAUUGUUAUUUUUGAACGGCAAGAAGAACUUCCCAGUCAAAGGUUUCAGAGUAGAUCUCAGCAACGAAAUCAGCUCGAUUGACAAUUCGAACCCUUUCAUCGAUUCGAAACAAGACCCUGAACUAGAAAAAGCCGCCGCAUCAAAUCUGAACGCCAACCCGAAUUUAUUCAACAAGCUCAAACUCAAAUCAGAUUUUUAUUACUCGGUCUUGAAUAACCAUUUGACAUUCAAUGUAUCCAACGAAUUCGGGCUAAUCAUGAACCCUAAUAAUUUGAAUAUUUACCCUAAUGACAAAUUUUAUAUUGGGGGUUUGAAUUCUGCAAACACCAUUAGCUCAAUCAAUUCAAUCGUCAAGAAGCACGAUACUAGUUUCGACAAUUUCUUCAGAAUUAAUUCAUUUAUCUAUUUUAAGUUACCAAAAUCCAUCCAUUCCUUGAGCAAUGAUCAAAAUCCUUUGAGAUUUUACACCAACUUCAUUUUUAAUAACUUCAAUGACUUCAACAUCUCUUCAGUAGGUUUUGGUUUGAGAUAUUUCAAUGAUUCUGCUAAUUUCAAUCUUGGUUAUUAUUUCAACUCAGUUAACUCGUUCAAUUCUUUUGGUUCGGUUAACAACGGUCUUCAAUUCAAUUUUUCAAUUGGAGGUUCUAAUAAGCAGUAA